AUGACGGUUACACAUGAUAACCAGCGACCGCAACUAGACGAUGACUACGCAACCUGCGAAGACGAAGAUGAAAAACAUUAUUCGGAAGCUGGCUCAGAUGAUAACCAGCGACCGCAAAUAGACGACGACGACUACGCAACCAGCGAAGACGAAGAUGAAAAACGUUAUUCGGAAGCUGGCUCAGGCGAUAACCAGCGACCGCAAAUAGACGACGACGACUACGCAACCAUCGACGACGAAAACGAAAAACAUUCGGAAAUUGGCUCAGAUGAUAACCAGCGACCGCAAAUAGACGACGACUAUGCAACUUGCAAAGACGAAGAUGAAAAACGUUAUUCGGAAGCUGGCCCAGAUACUCGGACAACACCAGAGUUUAUGAAAAAGGACGUCGGAACCAUGGCGGUAUACAAAGAUUGUAGAUCUCAAAUGGACUCUCUGAAAACUGAUUUGUUGGAACCAAACGUAAACGUUGACCAAUUGAAAGACCACAAAGAAGCCGCAAAACCUUUUGCAGUCAUCAAUGAAACACUGUUUACUCAAUGGCAGUUGAACGAAUUGUGCAUUCGACAUGGUAGGAAAUCAGAUAUUGUAUCUCGUGCAUGUGAUGUGAUUGUAAGUCAUUUGAAAGAAACAUUUGAUCACAUUUUUAAUUUGAACAAUGAGGUACUUCAUAUAUAUCCAGCAUUCAAGGUCGAAAAAGAGAACGACAUUAUUUUUGUUGUAACUGUUAGCAAAGCGGCAUAUUCAUUCGUUCUAUGCGAUUCGGUGUCAUAUUGUUUAGAGAUACGAGUUCUCAACAAGUUUAGCAAUGAAUUGAAGACUUUAUUGGAUACGGUAUAUGAAGAAGGUCAUAGUAUUUCAGACGAAUGUCAAGAAACUAUCGCACUUACUAUUGCACAAUGUUCUAAACACUUACUAGAGACACAUACGUUAUUGAGUGUCAUCACAGCUUCUCCAUUGAAAUCUAAGAGAAACAAAGAGAAAAAGAUUCAUUCGUUUGUGCGAGAAUCUGAAUGUUGCAUCGUGUUCUGUGUUCAUGCCAAGGACUUUAUUCCUAUAAGGGAGGAACCACUUCCGGCAAGACUGAAUGGAAUUAGAACAGACGUAAUGGAGGGUGCGUUUGUUACGUUUGGACGUUUAGCGCAUGAGCCACAUGACAAAUUACCGAUUGGGUGUGAAAUAGGAAGAGGGGAAAGCAAAGAUAUUGGAACUCUUGGUGGUUUUAUAGAUCAUCCGGAAUAUGGAAUGUGUGGAUUAACAAGCGGGCAUAUGUGUCUGGAUCGUGCAGAGUAUGAAGCUUGUGUUAAACACGAUGGACGGCUUAUGUUACAACAGUGGCCUGAGGGCACUCGUGGGCGAGGAAUUUAUCAACCUGCAAAACUUCAAAAUGGCGAUGAGGUCGGUCAACUUGUGGAAGUACUUUAUAAAGUAGGCGGCCAUUUGGAAUCAGGUUUUGAUGUUGCAUUGUUCCAGAUAGAGCAGAAAUAUCCAGCAGACGGAAUAUUUCCAGCUGAGAAGAUCGAUGACCAGUGCCAUGAUGUUGCGUAUAAGUUUAAGAGCGGAAAUGUAUGUGGUGUGAGCCGCACAGCCGACAAGCCUUUGUGGAAAUUUGGGCGAUCAACUGGUUCAACAACAGGAAAAGCGCUCUUCAAAACUCCAAUAACAGCUGUAAAGGAAGUUCGUCUGUUAUGGAAAACACAUGAUAAAUUCGAAAUCAUGUUACUAAACCAAUUCGCGGUGUCUCCAUUAGGCACUGAUCAAAACAAGAAAUUUGCUAAUUAUGGUGAUUCAGGAGCUCUCGUGUUUAUUGACAAAGACAUAGACGAUUUAACGUGUGUUGGAAUGGUGGCAGGAGGGGAAGUUGGUAGUUCGAUUGCUAUUAUUUCUCCGAUUUGUCCGAUUCUGAAGCACAUCAAUGUCACGAAGUUUCAUUCGUUUUACAACACUCCCAGGCAAAAUAGUGAAGCUUUACAGAGACUAGAGACCAUGUACUCACAGCUAGAUCAGCGAAUGGCACGAAUCGACAAUAAUGUUGGGAAAUUAGUUGCAUUAGUAGAAAUGAUGCAGCAACAAAACAACAGUUCCGCCGAAAUGGACAAAAGCAAUAAACAAUAAAGGACAUAUGUAUAAGACAUUUAACAAAG